AAACAUUUUCCAGUUGAGUGAUUGAGUGAUUUGGACAUGUAAAGUAAUAUUUUAUUGAUUUUCCCAAAGGAGAUAUUGCUCAUUUUUUGUUCUGAAUGGUGAGGUCAUAGGUCAAGAUGUUGCUAGAGGGGUAGGAAUUCACAGUGUUGCUGUAUGGGACGAUUCAGUGAGGGUGGAUGGAGACAGGAACCUACUUAGGGGUAUGUGUAGUUUUGUUGGAGGAGGCAGAUGGAAAUCCACAGCAAACGUUCUUUUUUCUCCACUGAUGGAGCUGUCAUGAGUGUCAUGGCCCAAAAUGUCAUCUGUUAACUUUAUCAAAAACGGAGGGCUGACUGCGUGACCAGUGCGUUAGUAAUGUCUCCAUCAUCAUCACCAUCUGACGCAUUCGGCUUCUUCACCCACCCUUUUCCUUCACACACAAGCGCACGCACACACGCACACAAUCGUGCACGCACUGUGGUAUAACCCCUCCCUCCUCCAGUGCUGGUAAACCAUAUAAAUCACCUCUGUCGGAGUUUGAGACCAAGGUGCAGCGAACUGCAGAGUAAAAACUGAUCGAAGAGGAAAGACGAGAAACAUCCUUGACGGCAGAACACAGACCUGAGCCAGGACCCUGCAGCUGUCAGAAACCCCCUGUGGCUCCGACUACUACCUGUAACCUCCAAAGUCUUCUCAAAAUGGCCGUGAUGCUGAAGCCAUGGACAGUGCUGGUGGCUGUUGUGCUGUGUGUGCUGGUGUGUCUGGGAAUGGUGGCAGAUGCCUACCCCCCCAAACCUGAGAACCCCGGUGAAGACGCCCCACCCGAAGAGCUGGCCAAGUACUACACUGCCCUGAGACACUACAUCAAUCUGAUCACCAGGCAGAGGUAUGGAAAGCGUUCAACUCAGGAGGAUGUGGUUGCAGAGCUGCUUUUUGGUGGUGACAACAACAGAGACCAGAGAUCAAGAUAUGACGACUCUUACAUGUGGUGACUCCACCACCUCUCUCCCUCCUCAUCGGGCAUUCCCUCUGGGUGCGUCCCACAAUGCACGUGGAGGGGCCAACAUGUGCCUCUCAUCUCUGACCCCCGAACCUGAUCCCAACCAAUGACCAUCACUGACCGGAACACAAGCUCCCUCUGUCUCUCUUGUCAUUGUCUCACAUCUCUCUCAUGACAACAAAAUUGUACAUAAUUUAUUAUUGAAAUAAAGAUAUAUAUGAGAUCAGAGCUACUAAUCAGAAGCUGGAACUGUGUCUGUGUGUGUGUGAGUGAGCAUCUACUGUCCAACAGUGUUUAGA